AUGAGUGAUAACUUUGAUAAUUCAAAGUAUGGUGGUUUUAGUAACGACGCUCCCCCGCCGUAUCCAGGUAUAGCUGAACCAUAUUCCACGCAGCCACCGGUUGCUACGCAACCAACGCAUACCACCACAUCAUUUGUCUCAGGUCCAUAUAGAAGCGUGUACAGAGACUUCCCAGUCAACGUGCGUUGUCCCUCGUGUCACACCGACAUCGUAACCGUCCUCAACUACACAUCCGGGGUACUGGCCUGGGUGAUCUGUGGUAUUAUUUGUUUACUUGGCGGUUGGUUACUAUGUCUCUGUCUUAUACCGUUCUGUAUCAACGCUUGUAAAGACGUCGUUCACUCCUGUCCUAACUGUCAUGCUGUGAUUGGUAAAUACGACAGACUGCACUGA